AGUACAUGCGUUCAUGAACAGAACCAUCAUCCAUUACAGGGAGGACCUGGAUUUACAGAAUAUUCUGGAUUACAGUCAGAAAAAGUUUGGCUGCUGUGGAGCUGUGUCCUACAACGACUGGUCCAUGAACAAGUACUUCAACUGCAGUGACAAUCCCAGCCAGGAGAGAUGUGGAGUGCCCUACUCCUGUUGCCUCAUCUCCAAAAAUGAGGGCGUUGUCAACACAAUGUGUGGCUAUGGGAUGCAGGAGCGUGAUAAGGAGGCUGCAGAGAAACACAUCCACACUACUGGCUGCUUAGACAAGUUCAUAGACUGGAUGCGCAACAACCAGUUUCUUUUGGGAGCCAUAGCACUUGGGUUUGCCGUCUCUCAGCUCAUAGGUAUCUACCUGUCCUGUACGCUCGUCAACCAGAUCAAGCUGCAGUCCAAUUGUGGUGCUGGCUUCUACUACUAGACCACUGUGGGACAAGGUCUAGUGCACAUUAUGCCCCAAUGGGAAUCGUGGCUUUAUUUUACAUUAUUUAUUUAUUUAUGAAUGUUUUCGGU